UUUAUAACACUGCGAUGUAUAUAGGCUCCAUGGUCUCUAACUAAUAAAAAGCUAACAUGGUGUCUUUUUGUAGUACACGUUAAAGUUUGGCCUAUAAAUAUCUUGUUGAAUUAAUAAAAGAAAAGUGUAGUGUAUCAAUAUUAAAAUGAUGAGGAAAUCACCAUUAAGUAUGCCGGGCGGUAGUAGAAGACAGAAUAAUCAUCAGUGUAAAUCUUAUGGUGCUAUGGGAAAGACUAAUUGUGUAAAUGUUGAUCUUAAACGCGAGUAUUAUUCUUACAAUGGUGGAGGGGUGUAUCAAGGUGAUAACGGCUUUAUUCCCUUAAAUAGUAGUACGCCGAAUGAAAAGAAACAAUACAAUAAUAAUAGAAAUAUUUGUAAGUUCCGUCGAAAUUAUUCGAAUUUGGGUCGUUGGCUUUCUGAUGAUAAACGUAACAUCUUUUCGUGCACAGACCCGUAUUUCAAGUAUAAUUCUCCUCAUAAGCAUCCUGGUUUGCUAUAUCAAGCACAAAAUAAGAAUAUGAACAACAAACAAUUGCAUAUGUCCAAAUAUAUCGAUAUGAAGUCUAUAUUAGAAGAUCCGUGGGCUGAGUUAAAGAAAAAAUUAGAUAACUCUACUACGUCUAACGAUGUAAAUGCUUCCGAUGGAUGUUCCAGUAUUUCUAAUAUCAAAGAUAGUGAUAACAUGUCUUUUUGCGAUACAGACUUUCAAAACAAUUUGCAUAAUGAACAAUCCCAAUGUCAAUCGAUAGAUGCACGUUUAGAAAUUAGCGAUAAUGCUUCAAAGCCUAUCGUUGAAAAUUUAUUGGACAAUAAAUUUGGUGACACCGAAUUGAAUUUGAUAUCAAAUAAUGUAUUUUCGUGCAAUGCUACCAACGAUAAUAAUCAUGUAGCAAAUAAAGAUGACAAACAAGACAUAUAGCAAUCGAUGACAGUUGCACAUGUAAAUCAUAUAAAAUAAAAAAAGAGUAACAUUUCUUGAAUAACAAUUCAUAGAUAUUAUAAUACAGUCUUUGAUUGUAUCUAUGUACAUUCUAUUAAUGUAUAUAAAAUUUUGCACGCACGAUAUACAAUGUAAG